AUGAGAAGAAUAUUGCAAAUGUAAAGCUGGAUUCUUAAAAUUGGUGUGUAAAAGGAAGACGUAACAAAUCAAACAAACAACAGAAAAAUGGUGUAUCGUUGCAGAUAACACCAAAUGCAACUAAGCAACAACUAAAUGAAAAUUGAAACGUAUUGGAAAUGAAAAUUAACCAAUAGUAAAUGCCUUCUAAAUGAAACAAACAUUCUAACAGAAUAAAUCAGUAAUUGCUCGAGUACUGUUUAUAUAUAUUAAACCUUUCUAGUAUCUGAAAUAAGAAAACAGCAACCAAAUAACAAUAACAGAAAUUUUGCAAUAAGAACCAUUGAAAACCACGAGCAUCGACAUACGGCAGCAUCAAUAAUAACGCAAUUAAUAACUUCAACGGCACUAGUUAACAAAAGGGAGAUAAGAUAUCAUACACAAUGAAACACAGAGCAAUUGUAAUCUGCCAACGGAGAUGGAUGCUCCUUUGUACAUUCUUCACGUUAUGUAAUAUAGCAUUGAUUGGAAAAACAGAGGCAUAUACGAAAUACCGCUGUCAUUUUCCAAAAUUUCUAGAGGUUCCAGAAGGCUGGUCGGUUCAAUACACUGAUGGCAGUCAUAAAGCAAUCAUUGAAAAAGGAAAACUUGAUGCGAAAUCAUGCGUCGCUCAGUGCCAAGAAUUCGUCAGAUACUGCCAAGAAGAGAAAGAAAACGGAAAAUAUGUCGUCUCACAUGAGGAAAAAGAUGAUCCACGCGCCAAAUACCUUUGCAUGCAGUUUAUUAAAAGGAGUAAUGCCGUAAUGCAGAUACGAAUGUCACCACUGAGCUCUUCCGACGACGGUAUAUGUAAUGACACCCGUUUGAUGAUGGAUGACUGGCCUCUCCUAUCCGUCCAUUUGUUUCAUACAACAGAAGUUAAAUGCCCUUUUGAAGGGGGCUAUGAUUUUGAUAUAAAAUUACCUUCAGGUAAAGAAGUGUGUACAAGUAAAAUGUUACCAUUUCGGUUUGAAAGUUAUUGUGUUGAAGAAGAAGGUCUAUUACUUAGAAUUCGUGAUAAGACAUGUACAGAUUACAUAGGAAAUUUAAAAGAGGAGAACAGACUCCGUUGUUUGGCAACAUGGAAACAUGGUAAAGAUACGUAUGUGAUUGUACGAGAAACUGAUGUCGUGCGCUAUUGGUGUAUGCGCAUCAUAUACGACGAUAACGGCAUGAUUAGCAAAAUUUACUUCUUCUUAGAUAUGAUAUGUGAUACGAAAACUAUAUUCCCUUCAAGUCGAAAAUACCUUGUAUUUGAAAUGUAUCAUCGGGUAAUCCGAAGCAUAUGCAGUGAUGAAUUUGAAACAUGUAGCAACCAUAAUAUGUGUGAUUCGGAACACAGGUCGCACUGCCUGGAAUCUUGCGGUGACUGCCAAAUUAAAGCCUUUAGUAAAUUUCGUGGUCUUCAAGCCUGUUCCUUUCCAAAGAUAAUGCAUGGUACUUGGGUGCGGCAUGUCAACCAAGGAACGAGCAAAAUCACAAUAAGUAAUAACACAGUAAACAUUAAUACUGAAACAAAUUGGCAUUGUAUUGAUGCAGGAGAAGGUAACUAUUCCCGAAGACGGGUUCUAAUGAAAACAUUUGAUAACGGUUGCUAUCCACGUUUUAUGUGUAUCGAACUUCAUGAAGCAGCUCCUUCAGUUAUGCGAUACCGAGUAGGAAAAAUUGUUCUUUGGCCUCUGAACAUUAGUCAUUUACUCCAAGAACAUGUCUGUAAUGAUAAUCUUUUUGCACAUAGUAGUCCCACAUUACCUUCUCAAAGAAUCACUCCUUUGCAGAAUUUAGUCCGCUCUUAUGAUAAAAGAACUGUUUCUUGUAAUCUACCGCCUGGACUGGGAACAUGGAUAGCCUUCCGCGACGAGAAAGCGCGACGUGGCUGCCUCUUAAAUGAUAUUCAUUUUGUGCCGCACCAUAUGUUUUUGGUGAUGGAGAACGAAGAAGGGAAGCACAUAAAACAUGCUGAGUACUUUUGCCUUGCGUCUAUGAAAUUCAUAAAUGAAUACGAUACGAUAAUUACGCAAACAAAAGAUCAAAGUAAUGAAUAUUUGUGUUGGAUGAUCAUUGGUAACAAGGAAUUCAUUAUGCUUCCAGCAUCUCUCUGUAACAGAGUUCACGCUGAGGCAGUCUUGAGAAGAGUUGAGAAGCCCUUAGCAAGACUAAGUCUCAUAAAUAACAGUGAAUGCAAACGUGCAGACGAGGAAUGGCGUCAAAGAGUUAUAGAAGAAAGAAACAAACACGAUACACUACAGGUGUCUAAAUCCAUUGCUACGAAUACCCGAGGAUGUCUAGCAUUAAUUGUAUUUUUUAUGACAUAUCUGACGUUACACUGAGGAAUGUAAUAGAUAUAUAAAAUAUUUAAUUAUAUAUAAAAAAACAAAACAAAUAUAAUGAUAUACGCAAAUUAUGUAUAUAUAUAUAUAUAUAUAUAUAUAUGUAUAUAUAUAUAUAUACGUGUGUAUAACCUUGUUUACCAAACUGGGAAAAGAUUGUGUGCACACAAGUAAAUGAAAUAAAUACUAUUAUAUUGACCAAAUCCAACAACAGCAAACAUUUAUAUGAAUUAAUAUAUGCGUAUGAGCCAUGAAAUAAGGACAUGUUCAUCACAAGUAACAACACUAACAACAAAUAUAAACCUUGAUAUACUGAUAAAUACUAAUUUUCCCAUUAAAUCAUCGGGUUAAUAAAACCACUAUCAAUGAAGCAGUUAAAAUAUUACGAAAAGCUACGUCAAUUUUUAAACCCUAUUCUUUUAUUAUGGAUUUGGUAGUUAUGUCUGGCGAUAAGCUUGUGCAGAGCAGGGAGAAUGAUUAAAAAAAAAUUACUGACGAUGUAAAGAAACUGAAAAGGGUCCAAGAAACCAGUGAGCAAAAGAAAGUAAAAUGCACAAGUACACAAAAUGUUCACGGAAUUAGGAC